AUUUUAAAUAACAAAUAAAAUAUUUAGGUAUUUAAUACACUUAAUUUAUGAUUUUUGUCAUAGUAGAAAAAAUCUUGUUUUCUGAAAACAAUAAGAAGAAAAAUGUUAACUAGUUUUUUGGUUCUCUUAUUUUUUUGUGCUGUUAGUGAAAUUUCCAGUACUUCCACUUCUAACGAUGUUGUUAUUUUAGAAUACUUAUUAGAUGAAGAAACGGUAAGGAAUACGGAUGUUGUUAUUUUAGAAUACUUCUUAGAUAAAGAAAUAGUAUGGAAUACGGAUGUCGCAAAAAGAGAAAUGGUUUUGACAAAUCAUCUAUUGGAACAACUAAGCAUUGAAGAACGACGUAAUGCGAUUUAUUUUAUGAUUAAUGAGACUCAAAGAUCAUUUGAGGAUAUAAGUAAAUGGUUUUUUCCAUUAGUAUAUACAGAUGAACAUAUAACUGAUAUGAUAAUUCAAGAACAAAAAAAUCGAGAAUAUCUCCAUGAAUAUUUUCGACGUAUAAAUUCUAAGCCGAACAUACUUCAAGACUACAAUUAUCAUUUCAAAACCACUUUGUAUGCUCAAUUUCAUAAUCGGGGCCAAUUGUUGGAAAAUAUAUUUGAAAAUAUAAAACUUGAAAUAAUAUUACGUUAUUUAGCAAAAAUUCAACCAGUUAUAAUAGAAGAUGAUAUUCCUAAUUGUAAAAUAGAUAAAUAAACUUAAUAAUUCUUA